AUGCUGCUGUACAGUCGCAAGAAGGUUCGCUACCGGCGUGACGGCUACUGUUGGAAAAAGAGAAAGGAUGGGAAGACCACCAGAGAAGAUCAUAUGAAGCUCAAGGUUCAAGGAACAGAGUGUAUCUACGGUUGUUACGUGCACUCUGCCAUCCUCCCGACCUUCCACCGGAGAUGUUACUGGCUGCUACAGAACCCCGACAUCGUGUUAGUACAUUACCUGAAUGUGCCGUACCCCGAUGACAACAAAUUAGCGACGGUCGCACCAAGCCUGGCCUUAUGGGCCGACAAGAAGGAAUGGACGAAAGAUGAGCUGGUCAGCCAACUAAAACCGAUGUUCUUCAGCGAGGAUGAUCCUGAUGUCUACAAUGACGUCGAGAUAACGGGGAAAAUGUUCCAGACUACGGAAACUGUGGAAGCCAUUGUUGGACAGCUGAUGGAAAAGCAACGAGCGGCUAGAGCUGCAGCUUUAGCCAGGCAGCUGGAGUGCGGCUGCCCAGACUCUACUUGUCAAGAUUCUAGAACUUGUGCCCACCCGCUACGUAGAAUUCAAGCCGCAAAACCACCUCCAUCUGAUCACCAAGUGUCGUCUACAACUGGCCCUUCACCGCGACCAAUGUCCCACCCACCAAGACAGUAUACCAGAGAUCAUAGACCUACACCACAGCCAGCAUCACCAUUACUUUUAUCUUUAGGCCAAAUUCAAGGAGGUGGUGGGCUUUUAAUAUUAAACGGUACAAGCAACGGUACUCAACAAAGUUCAUCGUUAGUAUCUCCACUGUCAGUGACGUCAUUUGUCUGCGAAGAACCCAGAGAUAGGUACAGGCAACAGUAUAAACCAACAUUUGUGUUAAAAAGAGAAAUUCCAGACAGUCAACCAUCUUCAUGUAUUCAGAACUCUGACUCGACAUUUGAAAUCGAAACUAAAGAGGAAAAGAUUGAUAUAAAUUUUGAUAGGAAAAUUAAAAUAGAACCAAAGUGUAGAAAUCAAGUAGUGGCAAGUGCACCAGCAACUCCAUCAAGGUACCCAGAUUUAGUAGAAAGAUUAGAAAGUAAAGUUUUGACCGAUAACUGUGAUGAUACUUUAGUGUUACUUGGUACUGAUGGCAAUUUAGCUGCUAGUGGAUUCUUUGAUGAGACUCUUGAAUUAUCACAUGAAGAUAUUCAGAAAACUUUAUCGGCUAAUAUGCCAACUUGUGAGUUAGACAGAAAUGGGGUAAGAUCUACUGAUACCGCCAAUGUUAUGGUCUCAGGGAUUGAUACUAUGGACUUUAUAGAGAGUUGUGAGGCAGUAGCGUCUCCUACGCAUGGAGUAGAUGAUAAUGUAUUUGUUAAUUUGGAUGCUUUUGAUAUGCUCGGGGAUUUUCCUGAACUAGAGGUACUGGAUCCCAGCGCGAUAUCUACAAACCCUGUGACUAUAUGUGAUAAGUCACUACCAGCAACUGAAGAUAGCAAUGAAAAAAUGCAGACGGAGUCCACCAAUGAAGGAACAUUGAGUAUCACAGACUAUUCUCCCGAAUGGGCAUAUCCUGAAGGAGGAGCAAAAGUGUUGGUAGCUGGACCUUGGACUGACACAUCGGAUCAGUAUACUGUUCUAUUUGAUAAUUUUCCGGUACCUUCAAUAUUAGUACAAAACGGUCUUCUGAGAUGCUAUUGUCCAGCCCACGAAGCCGGCUUGGCUGCAUUGCAAGUAGCUCGAGGUGGACGCGUAGUCUCGGACACUGUUGUGUUUGAGUACAAAGCUGGUCCAGCACCAACUCCAUCGUCGCCUGCGUCAGCACCAUUGCCAUCACUGGAUUUAAGAAGAUUUUCCCUUCUGCAGCGCUUGCAGCGACUACAAGGGCGUUUACAAAUGAAGAUUGAACCCACUGAUGAUAAUAAUCAGAUUGAGGAUGUCCAGCUCUACUCUCAUCCAAAAUUUGAAGAGCGUUUGGUUACUUUUUGUCGUACCAUGAGCUCCAGGUCCAAAGGCAUGUCAGAAGGUUUCACUACGGAACCUGGAGAAGAUGGAUCUACUAUUCUGCAUUUAGCAGCUGCUUUGGGAUAUGCGAAACUUACUACUGUGCUUUUGAGGUGGAGACAGGAUGAUAGUAGUUUGGCUUUAGAGAAAGAAGUCAAUUUAGGUGCAAGAGACAGUGACAAUUGCACUCCAUUGAUGAUAGCAAGUGCGGCCGGUCACGUCGAGACCGCCGUAGUAUUGGCGCGAUGGAGCGCGGGCACGAGGAGCGAGGCAGGCGCCCGGGCGGCUGCAACUGCUGCACGACGUGCUGGACACACACAUCUUGCUGCGAUACUAGACCGCAUACAUCCACCACCUACCUCAGAAACUGGUAUCUUCCGUACACCUGUUACACACAGCCUGUCUCAGAAAAGCCGUGUUGGCAGUUUAGAGAGCAACCUAGUGAAGAGACCAUCGAUAGAUUCCGGUAUCAAUAUGGCGGACGCUUUUAGAUCCAGUUCCGCUAUUGACAAGUCGGAUAGCAGCUUGUCUGCUAGAUGGGAACGUAGCAUGUCUCUGCCUUUAGAUUCAGAUACUUCAGAAGAUAGUUUUGGUGAUACUAAAAUCGGAAGACGUAUGGAUUUAGCACUUUGCGAGACGGCGGCGCGGCGUGCGGCGAGCCCGCUCAUAGACGUGGAGGCGCUAUCCGACCACACGCCGCCGCUCUCGCCCACCACACAGCCAGGUCAGUCACUAAGCCCCCGACGCUCCGAUGCCCCGACGCCCAGCGCUCUCGCACGCUCGAACGGGGAGCAAGAUGACCGUGUGUUUACGCUGGCCGAGCAAAUUAUUGCGGCCAUGCCAGAAAGAAUAAAGAACGAAACAUCAUCCUUACUAUCCGGUUGCGGCCUGGACAACGGCCAGGAGGACACCCUUAUGGUUCCACUUCUUGAUGAUACUAAUACUUUUACGACUGAGUUUAGCUUUGAGUUCUGCGAUAAUACUUAUAGAUACUGUGGUGGGUCAACCCCCUGCUCAUCGGGGUCCGUGUCACCCGGCUCAGCGGCCCUGUCACCUCCGCCGGCAUCACCUCACUCCGCCACGCCAUCCGCUACAUUGCAGGAGUUCCUUAAUGCAACGACACACUUCUCCAAUCUUACGCUCAAUGAUCGUGAACAACGAGAGCUAUACUCGGCGGCCAUCACGAUCCAGAAAGCGUACCGACAGUACCGCGGGCGCCAGCUGCAGCGCCGUGCUGCCGCCGCCGCUAUCACCAUACAGAACUGCUACAGAAGAUACAAGCAGUUUGCGUAUUUGAAACAAAUGCACGCGGCGGCAACGGUAAUACAGCGUGGCUAUCGUUCCAUGCGAGCUCGCAGAAUGGCUAACACACCUAUCAGAAGGACAUACUCACAAAGACGUCAAAAUCAAGCGGCUAGGAAGAUUCAACAAUUCAUGAGGCAGUCUAAGAUCAAGUUGCAGAGCGCACAAGCCGAAAACGUGAGGGUGGUCCGGCUAUCGCCGGAUGCCCGCCGAAACUCAUCGCAGCGCAUCACCAAUACACCAACCAUGCCCAAUAGGAUCGUCGAUUAUCUUGCACCGGAAUCGCCAAUGAACGUCGACGACGACCUUCUGCUCGAGCUUCUGUUCAAAAUAUGA